CAGCUCGAAUCGCUCUCCGCUUAACCUUUUCAUCGGCAAUCGUGAAGUUGACGAUAAGUCGUUUCACACCCGCAGAGCCAACCGCCAGAAUCCAUCAUGACGAACUCGAAGGGUUAUCGCCGGGGAACCCGGCACAUGUUCUCCCGCUCAUUCCGCAAGCAUGGCACCAUCCCGCUGUCCACGUACAUGAAGGUGUACAAAUCCGGUGACUACGUCGAUAUCAAGGGUCACGGAGCCGUCCACAAGGGCAUGCCGUACAAGGCGUACCACGGCAAGACGGGCCGCGUUUACAACGUUACGAAGCACGCACUCGGUGUGAUCGUGAACAAGCGCGUCCGCGGGAAGAUUCUGGCCAAGCGCAUCAACGUGCGGAUUGAGCACGUGCAGCCGUCGCGCUGCCGGGAGGACUUUCUGCGCCGCGUGAAAGACAACGACGUCAAGCGCAAGGAGAUCAAGGAGCGCCAGCUAAAGUUCAAGGUGUCGCUGAAGCGCAAACCGGAACCGCCGCGCGUCGCCCGUGUGAUCAAGAAGCCACCGACGCCCAUCUUCCUCGCUCCGAUUCCGUACGAGUUCAUUGCCUAAGCGUGCGUUGUGCGUGCGUGAGAACUGUGUGACAGACGCGAGUGCAUCCGUGUGAGGUUGGCGAUCGGGAUGGGAGGAGAGUGUGUACUUUAAGCGGAGAUCGAUACAAUACAGAUCGUGAUGAAAAUCCUAACCUC